CCUAGCAACCGCCCUCCGCCUCCAUCUUUUGCCCCGCCUCCUGCUUCUUCCAAUACCUGGUUUCGCAGACUUCCAGGCCCUGGCCGGGGCGACAUCGGUGCUAGAGCCCAACCGCUGCAUUCUCAGCCAUAAUCACAGUUUGAAUGAAUUAUUCCAACUAUUUAUUAACGAUUUUAUAAAAGUAGAGAAAAAGAAUACACUAUGUCGGAUGAAAUCUUCAGCACAACUUUGGCAUAUACCAAGAGUCCAAAAGCUACCAAGAGAACUUCUUUUCAGGAUGAGCUGAUCAGAGCAAUUACAGCCCGGUCAGCCAGGCAGAGGAGUUCUGAAUACUCAGAUGACUUUGACAGCGACGAGAUUGUUUCUCUAGGCGAAUUUUCAGAUACCUCAACAGAAGAAAGUCUAGUUAGAAAAAAGAUAAACGACUUUCAUUUAUCUGACGAUGAGGAGAAGAAUUCUCCAAGACUGUCCUUUUUGAAAACCAAGAACGUAAAAAGUGAUAUAUGCAGAGAGGAGCAGGAGCUCAGCCAGCACAGCGGAGGCGUGUCACCUGAAGUUCACGACGAUGUAGCUGGGAACUCCGCUUCCAAAUCACAGAAUGAUGCUCAAGAAGGUGGAGAAGAGAUCAAUGCAAUAAAGCCUAAACCCAGAGUUCUCAGCAAACGCAGCCCAUCUCCAGGGGAAAACGGCGGCAGCUGUGAGGUCGAUGGCCAUUUUAAGCCUUCACCUCGGCCCAGGAGCGUCAAAAAGAUCAGCCCCACGGAGGAGGGAGACAGUGCAGAUGGCCAGGAACAUUCCCCGAGUGAAGACUCUGCCCCCAGCGCUGCCCUCCCAAGGCAGAAUGGCACAGAGGUGGAAACUGAGGGAAAAGGACGCUCUGAAAACCUUGAUCUUGAGCAGGACUCGCUCCUACAAAGUCUGACCUCAUCAUCCCUCAAAGAAAGCCCUGGAAAUUGCACCUCACCGGAACCUCAGGAAAAAACAUCCGUAAAAGAUCAUGAUGGAGAACCUACCGAACUCUGGGAUUCCCUGAUAUCCAAUGAAAACGAAGAAACAUCGGUUUUGGUCAACUGUGUUUCUCCUGAACUUGAGCAAGCCGAGGCAGGUCAGGGGGCUGCUGGUGACAAUGACGAAGACAGAGCAAAGGCUGGGUUCACAGAUGACGACCUCACCACUGACCCACUGCUCUCCACGUCCCCGAGUGUCGUCACACCCACCGAGACAGCAGAGCCAGCCAAGAAAGCAAACGAAGACCGAAACUUGAAGAAUAAAAAGGCAACGAAUGGUCGAGUGUCCAGUGCCUCUGGCAGGCUGAUGACCUCUGAGUUUUUAAAGAAAUCCGGCCCCACACGGAGAAGUCCAUCUGCAGCUACCUCUUCUCACUACCUAGGGACAUUGAAAGUCCUGGACCAGAAGCCAUCGCGGAAGCAGAGCCUGGAGCCCGACAAAGCCGAUCACAUAAGGGCAACUGUUUACCAGGAGUGGCUGGAGAAGAAAAACGUGUAUUUGCACGAAAUGCACAGGAUAAAAAGAAUCGAAAGUGAAAACUUACGGAUCCAAAAUGAGCAGAAAAGAGCUGCUAAGAGGGAGGAAGCAUUAGCAUCAUUCGAGGCCUGGAAGGCUAUGAAAGAAAAGGAAGCAAAGAAAAUAGCGGCAAAGAAGAAGCUGGAGGAAAAAAACAAGAGGAAGACGGAAGAAGAAAAUGCCGCGAGGAAAGACGAGGCCCUGCAGGCCUUUGAGAAAUGGAAGGAGAAAAAGCUGGAGUACCUGAAAGAGAAGACCAGGAAGGAGAAAGAAUAUGAGCGAGCGAAGAAACAGAAGGAAGAGGAGACGGUCGCUGAGAAGAGGAAAGACAACUUGACUGCUUUUGAGAAAUGGAGUGAGAGAAAGGAGGCUCUUCUCAAACAAAAGGAGAAGGAGAAAAUCAAUGAGAGAAGAAAGGAAGAGCUGAAAAGAGCGGAGAAGAAAGACAAAGACAAGCAAGCCAUCAGUGAAUACGAGAAGUGGCUGGAGAAGAAAGAAAAGCAGGAAAAAAUUGAACGGAAACAAAAGAAGCGCCAUUCCUUCCUUGAAAGCGAGACCCACCCUCCGUGGAGCCCUCCGAGCAGAAAUGUGUCCUCGAGAGUAUUUUGACAACUCAGGUUCUGGAUUUAUCCGUUCACCACCUUCGCCCAUGGAUUUGGAACCAUUCAUCUCAUUAUUUGUGGUAGAAGAGUCUGUUUUAAUCGCUGCAGGAACUUCUAUGGAGCGAGCGCGAGAGAGGUGCUUUACAGUGUAGGCAGUGGAAGCAGUGUUCUCAAGAGUAGAUAAACUGCCUCAGGCAAGAAGCGGUCAGAUUGCUGAGACGAUCCAGAUGCAUGAAGCUUUGCAACGUCCUAGUCAUUUCUGAUGUGGGUGGUGUGUGUCACUGAGUUCUACGUCUUUUUAAAGCAUAGAUAGUCCGCUGAUUGAAGGCUGCCAUCAGAUUCCACCAUCGUGGAAUGACUCAGUUCGUGGGAGCGCGUGCUUCUUCAUUGGAGUUUGGGAAUUAACGGUCCCUGGGGAGGAUGGCCAGAUUAUGCUAACUCCACCCAGAACAGCGACUCCACUGGGCAGAUUGAGGCCUCAGAGCUCUCGUCAAAGACCCUUGCCUUAUGGCUUAAUCUCAGUGUGCAUUGCCUGUGUGGGCCUCACCUGACAAUCAUGGCCAUUUAUUUAAUGGGUUCACUUCUGAAAUUUUCUUUCUAAAUUCCAUCUCAAUUUGCUUAUUAUUUGGUCAAAAGCCAGCAAUUUGAUGGUAGCUGUGUCUUAUAUAGUAUUUGUGAAAAUUUCGUAAGGGUUCAGGGUCAUUAUCAAAAUUCUUUCCAGACUAAAGUUAUAAAGAUCAAUGAAGGUAACUCUCACCUUCUCAACUAGCCUGGAGUGCUUCAACUUGACUUUAGAAGCAGCUGAAUGAGAAAGUGACUUUGUAAAAAUACUCAAGAUUUAUUUAUUUAUUUAUUUGGCCUCUGCUUCUCCCUGUAUCAAAUGAUCCCAUCCGUGAUUGGCCAUUUCCCGAAACACCAGCUGUUGCCAGCUGCUGUAUGCAGUAAUGUGUUGCAGAGACAAUCAACGGAAAGCAUGGUUGCUGCUGUUCCCCGAGCUCUUACAUCAUCUCUGCUGCCUCUUGACAGAUGGAAUUUGUCAAAUAUGUAACAGCUAUUCAGGGUAGGUGUUAUUAGCUUUACUGCGCAGAUAAAAAUGCUGAGGCUAAGCAAAUCCAAAAUAACUUGCCAUAUAGCAAACAUACGAGCAGUAGGACCCAACCCCACUGUCUUCCUUGACCUUGAGACCUGUGUGACCUCAGAGACAGUGGCUGACCUCUGAGUCAAUCAACCUUGCAAGCGCUUGUCACUCCCAAGGUGUUGAUCCUGCAGUGCUGGUGAGAUGUGGUCCUUUCCCGGUACCUCCAGAUGCUAAUCUUCCUUACAUCUAAAAUGAGGUGAGGACUCAUGGCAUCUCAGAGGUUCAUCAGACAUAGUGUUAGCAAAGCCAGCAGCUUGAGCAAGACCCAACUGUAGGAUGUGCACAAAACAGGACGUCACGAGAGGCUAUGUAGCAUUGCCAGAGUAGAGCAGAUUGUGACAGACACCCACAGAUGAAGCCAGAAGCCUUUGAUACUGCCAGAAGUGGUCACUGAAAGAUUCUCAGCAGGGUGCUAUCGGUUUGGGAUUCAGGACUUGAAUUUGUGUGUUUUCCCACAACCAAGCCUCCCAGAAUAGACUGAUGCAGGCUAUUUGUAUUGAAGUCAAUAGGUAGAGAUGAAAAAGGGUUUUGCACAUUGUAAGGAAUGAAAAGGAGAUCAGACAGGUGUAGCUCUUCAUGGUCACUUUGUACAGUGUUGUAUUUGCUAUUGCUGAUAGCUUCUGAAUCAUGAGAAAUGAAUGAUACAUGCAAGCUAAAGUGAAGUAUUUGGAACAUAGGACUCAGUAAAUAGCCUUUGUCAUAUUCAUUGACCUUGGUUCCCACUUGAUGGACGGGAGGCCAGUCUGGGGUGAGCAGGACAGUACUUACUUAGCACACAGUUUUAGCAUGCAGAACUCAAGCUUCUGGGCUGUCUUUGAUGGACCAGUUACAGUCAAGUGCUGCCAGGAACCUGAAUGCUGGUCUUUAAAGAUGGUUUCUGAAGAGAAUUACGUGAAGAUAUACCCAAGGCCCCAAAUGUUGUUCCCUCACAUGUGAUUUAGGAUGAGUCUAUAUAGAGAGUAAAUAAUAGGGUUCUUUUUUCCAACUUACAACAACCUGGAUUCAAUCUCUAUGGAAUUUAUCUAGUUAAAUAUAAUCGCCCCUUCUCCUGUAGUAAAAAUAAAGCAGAGAUUUGGCCAGUGAGUGAACAUCCAAGUCUGUAAUGUGGCAGUCUGAGUUCCAGAGGGAAGACUUGAACCUGCUAAGAUUAUCUUAAUGUAUUUGCUUAUUUAAGAAAUAAGACUUGCCCAUAUUUCUUUAAAAAGUACCAAAUAUAGGUAUAAAUUAGUUUAUAAUAAUGAAAAAUAAAACUCUUACAUAAGAGUAAGUUCCAUAAUAACAGCAAAAAGGUAUCACACAUAUCAAAAGUAAUAAUACAGUGUGGAAUAAUUUAGAUGUGGAAGAGUUCAUGUUUCCUUAAGGUAAUUGGCUAAGAACAGUUCAGAGUAAUGGUAUUCCUGUAGCCUACUGUGUGUGCCACUCUUGAAGGUGCUGGUUCA